CGGUCAGGAAGACCUCUCUCUCUCUCUCUCUCUCUCUGUGUGUGUGUGUGUGUGUGUGUGUGUAUCUCUGUUUCUAUGGUAAAGGCAUCCCUGAAGUCGACCAAAAAGGGUAAAAGAGAAGACGUCCGUCGUCAUUGCGAGGGACACCGCCUGGACACCGUUUUUUCGCCAGGUCAAUUCAAUUCACCUCUGCGACUUUUGACUUCUACUAUUUCUCUUCUGUUUUCUUUUACGACUUCUUCUCCUUCUAAUAUUUGCCGUACUCUGAAAUUGAUUACGGGUUUGCCACAUAGUUUCUUGGUCUUCUCUUAUUCAUCAUCUUAUCAUCGAGAUUAUCGUCAUCAACCACCAACCAACCGCCCCUUCACCGUUUCUCUGUACUUUGACAUUUCAAAGGAGAGAAGAGAACAAUAAUAUAUAUUUCAGUAUUCCGCCAUGUCAUCAGCGUCUGCUGCUACCGCGCCUGAAAAGGCACCGGACGACUCGUCAAAGUUGAAGACCUUCCUCUCUAUCCUUCGGAAGUUCGUCGGUGUGGCAGACAUUGCAUCCGUCCGCUUCUCUUUACCUGCACAUCUUCUGGAACCAACACCAAACUUGGAAUAUUGGAACUAUCUCGAUAGACCGGAGACCUUUGCAAGCAUUGGCAAAUCGGAUGAUGAAUUGGGACGGAUGCUGGAGGUCUUGCGGUUCUGGUUCACCAAGGACCUGAAAUACAUCAAGGGCAAGCCGUGCAAACCUUAUAAUUCUACGCUGGGCGAGUUUUUCCGGUGCAAGUGGGAAGUCGAGGACAGCGCACCGGGAAUAUCCGUUCCCUCCGGUCCAAACAGCCAGAAUGGGAGCACUUCUGUUGAUGAUGGUGGUGGUGGAAAACCGGUCAAGGUAUGCUACCUGACCGAACAGACGUCUCACCAUCCGCCAGUGUCCGCCUUCUACAUCGAAUGCCCCGAUCGCGGUGUUUCGGCUCGGGGUUUCGAUCAAAUCAGUGCCAAGUUCACUGGCACAAGCGUCCGUGUUGUGCCGGGUGAAUAUAAUCGGGGAAUCUUCGUCAAUGUCGAAAAGAGGGGCAAUGAAGAGUACCAGAUGUCCCAUCCUGCUGCUCAUCUUGGAGGUAUUUUAAGAGGGGCACUGUCGAUUACUGUCUCAGAUACAUGCUAUGUCACAUGUCCUAGAACACGCAUUAAAACGAUCCUCCAGUACCAAGAGGACAGUUGGAUUGGCCGGGCCCAGUACAAGGUUGAAGGCUUGGUCUUCCGGUACAACCCAGACAACGAUACUGCGACAAAAAUAAAAGACGUGCCGGAAGGCGAUGUCUUGGCCCGAAUCAGCGGAUCGUGGCAUGGCCAAAUUCACUAUACUCUAGCCGGGACAACCGAUUCCCAACUGUUAAUCGACAUCGCUCCUCUUUUCCCAGCUGCUAAGACUAUCCCUCCUGAGGAGAUUCAGUUGUCUAAUGAGUCUCGCAAGUUCUGGUCGGGGGUCACAGAAGCCAUCCUGGACAAGCGGUACAGCCAAGCCACAAAGCUGAAGCAAGAUAUCGAGGAGCGACAGCGUCAGAAGGCGGCCGAACGAAAGCAAAACAACGAAACAUGGCAGCCGCGCUUCUUCACGAGUCCAACCACAAUUUCGGGCAAACCGGAGCUGACUGAAGAAGGUCGUCAAGCACUUCAGGGAGUAAGCAAUGGUGAAUAUAAACUGGAGGAAAGCGAAAAACUGGGCGCAUAGAUCUUCCCUUGUCCAAUUGUCUUAAUGAUUUUGUUUUGUUGAUAUGUCAGCGCAAUCAGUGAGAGAUCACGACUCUUCAGUUAUUUUCUUGGUUUGUUUGUGUACUUCUGAUGAGAAUAUUCUCGGUACCAAUUGAGAAAUCAAUUGUUAGUCCACAUUUUCUCGAGGCCGGCCUAUAUAAGGAAGACAAGACUGUACGAUAUCUCUAAUUAGUUAUGGUCAAGAUAAACCUGGCCAUGACCGAAUAUAUUCUGUAACCAAAACAAUAUUCAC